CUCGAGUACCUUGGAGACACAAAAAAAGCUUAAUUUAGUGAAAGGAAUCCUUUCUAGAGCAACUGUUAGACCUAUGGAAGAUAUGAAAAAACAGAGUUUUUGUUCUUCCUCUAGCGAUUUGCUCGGAAUAAUGCAUUUUUGGUGACCAAAUGGACAUUAUUAGAGGCAAGAAGCGUUCAAUGCACUGAAUAAUAAAGACUACAAAAGGAAAGACUAUUACGUGGAAGCUUUGGCAUCAAUGAUGGAAAGAUAUGACGUUAUUAGAACCCUCGGCAAAGGAACUGGUGGAAGAGUACUUCUAGCAGCCGAGAAGGAAAGUGGAAAGCAGAUUGCUAUUAAAGAGAUAAUUUUAGAUCCAAAUAAAAAGAACAGAACAAAAGAGGCAGUGUUAAAGGAAGCAAGCAUUUUAGCCCAUUUAAAACAUCCUCAUGUUGUUUCGUUACAAGAAUCUUUCUUUAAUUCAUCAGAGGAGCUACUUUUUAUUGUGCAGGAUUUUUGUGAUGGGGGGACUCUUCAUGAUCAGAUAGUCAAUGCCAUAGAGAAAAAGUCUCCAUUUUCAGAGGAGCAGAUAAUGCAGUGGUUUAUUCAAAUGACUAUGGCUCUGCAGCAUAUUCACUCCAAGAAAGUUCUUCACAGGGAUUUGAAAUCACAGAAUGUGUUCUUGACAAAGAAAGGAGUUGUUAAAAUAGGUGACUUUGGAAUUGCGCGAAUGAUGGAGAACACUUUUGAUAUGGCACAAACUUGUUGUGGUACUCCAUGUUACUUGAGCCCUGAGCUAUGCCAGGAUAUGCCGUACAGCUCCAAGGCUGAUGUCUGGGCCCUUGGUUGUCUUCUUUUUGAGAUGUGUGCGUUGCGUUAUGCUUUUGAUGCAACAAACUUUGUCAGUUUGUUUUACAAGAUUGUCAAAGUGGACCACGGAGAAGUUCCAUCACGGUAUUCGCCUUCCUUAAAAGCCCUCAUCAAACAACUUUUGGCAAAGUGCCCGGAUGACAGACCAUCUGCGGGAGCAAUCCUUAACCUGUCUUUUGUUCAAGAGCAUCUCGCAAUUUUCAUCAAAGAAAAGGAAAACCUCCAAGAGUCGUUGCAUGCAAAACAGCUGUUGAAGACCGCAGCUGGGAGUAGAAACAAGUCUCCCAGCAUGCCUCAGCGGCCAUUGUCGGCUGCAGGAAUCAAAUCCCCGGAUGAGAACCGCAGAUUGACGAAGGUCAGAUGCAAGUCAGCUCAGCCAAUAAACAGAGAAUAUCAGCCAAUACCGACAGAGCAAAAGAAAGAAGUCAGUCCAAUAUGUCAGCCGGAAGACCCUGGCGAGUAUUCCGACGAUUUCGACGAGUCGGACGACGAAGAUUACUCGGAUGAAUUCGAAGAUGAUUCGGAGCUAAACGGUAACUCACUGAAGAAGCCAUUAUCUGCAACAAAACUGACAGAAAGUGGAGGUGACGAGGAGACAGAAAAUGAAUAUCCUGAUGACUUUGAAGAUGACUCCGAAGAAGAAGAGGUUCUAGGUGACAUUUUGACCAGUGCCAGAGCUGCUCAUGAUGGUGAAGUGCCAGAAGAAGAAGUCGUUGAGGACUCCGACAGGCCAUUGUCUUGUAAACAGAAGCUCAAAGAGCAUGUGAUAACAGUUAUCGGAGAAAAAAUGUUUGAGGAAGUACGGGAGAGGUUUGCCAAAGGAGAGUUGGAAACUGAUCAAAGACCUGAAUUCGAACAAGUAACAGGAUCCAAAAUGAUGGAAACUUGUUAUCUGGUGAACGAGUUAUUCAUUGGAUCAGAGGAAAGAAGUUGACUUUGUCUUAUACAUAGAAUCACUGCUGUGUCAGAGAGAAAAAAUAAUAAAUCUUAGUUUUUUCUAGCAAGAUUUAGCGAUCAUCGUGACUAAUUUAACUUAGAGCUUUCGAAGAGUGGGCGUUAUGCUUUAGUAUUAUUACAAUUAUUAUUUUUAUUAUUGUUAUUGCUAUGUUUAUUAUUAUUAUUAUUAUUAUUUUUAUCAUGAAUAUUGAAUCCUCUACUGAUUUUACCGCAAGUCUAGACAUUAAGAUAUUUGACAAAUUUAAACUUUUCUACGACUCUGUCAAUCCUUGUAAACAAGGAAUUAGAAUUGUGUUUUCAUUUCAGUUGUAAAUAUAUUUGUAUCUAUUGUCUAGCCAAAAAUUUAUUGUGUGAAAAGUUUGUAUAUUUUUAGAAAUAAAUUGCAGAUAGAAGAGAAAGUCGUCAUUAGAUGAUAAGAGCUGCGUAACUGGCCAGAGCACACAGAUGAUUUUUAAUACCGAUUCUAA